AUGGAGCAGCUACAUGGUGUAUUUCGAUGCGGUUGCUGUAAUGAACUCUGCGAAGAUUUGAGAGAAUUUGAAACUAGCGUGAUGGUGUUGGGAAAAUCUGUUCUAGUUCGCGAAAUGAUCGACAUUUUUCAGCUUCCCCAGGGUUGGAGUAUCAAAACCAACGAUGGUAUAUGUUUGUUGUGUCUGGAACGGUUGGAAUAUAGCUACCAUUUCUACUACGCAAUAUUACUAACUACAACGACAGAUGGAAAUAAUUUUACCAACGAACAGACACCCGCAGAAGAGACCAUCAGUGUAAAGUGUUCCAUCUGCGAUGCUUCGUUUGCUACCAAGCUGGAAUUGGAAAAGCAUUCAAAAAUACACCAUCCGCAGUCAAAUCUUCACUUCUACUAUUGUCAAGCUUGUAAAAAAUCGUUCAAAACCAAUCGGGGCAUGCUUCAACACAGUAAAAUUUAUCACGAUGCUCACGAAACGUACUGCUGCCACAUUUGCGAACGACAGUUCAUCACUAAAACCAACUAUCUAAACCACAUGAGACAUCACAAAGAUCAAGUGUGCGGCUUCUGUAGCAGCGGUUGGAUCGGAGAAACGAAACUGUUAGAACAUGUGCGCACCGCCCAUUCUGAUCGACUGUUCGUUUGUCGGUUUUGUAACAGAAAAGAAAGGCUGAACAAGUGUCUCAACCGGCAUCUACGUACAGCACACCAGCAGAAAUCGAAUCCGUAUGUCUGUGGUCACUGCGGGCAUGAUAGUUAUUCCUACGAGUCCUACGAAAUGCUAACGGAUCAUCUACACAAAGACCAUCGCGAGGACGAUGGGAACGUUCACGAGAAGGAUUCAUACGGCACACUAUUGAAUGAUACCUUGUUCGGGAAAGAGCUCGAGCUACCGGACACGGAUAUGAUUGGUAAAGAACAGGAGCAAUUUUUACACCAUUUUAGUUUGAUCAGAAGUGCGCAUGAAAAAAAGGAAUUUGCCCGACCGUUGGAACCACGAAUCGAUCAAAGGAUGAUUCUAGAAGACUUUCUUGAUGAGGCAUUCGAAAAUGACGAAAUCUGGAACAAGUACAUCGAAAACGGGGAGGAGUAUUUGAUCGAUGAUUACGAUAUCUAUUUGAAGGGAAUCGAAAGCAGCACGGAGCAAGAACCGUGCAUGUACUCAUGCCCACAAUGUCAACGAGGGUUUGAGAAGCAGAACCAUCUAACUGUUCAUCUUGCCGAGGACCAUGACGUUGCCAGCCUGGUGUGUAACGAUUGUGGAGGUAGUUUUACUCGCUUAUCAGACUAUCGAACACAUCGUCGGGAACAUCUGAAAGACAAUGUUCGAUUUCGCGAAAUGGAAGAAGCUCUGUCACUCGUACAAUGCAAAUCCAGGGGCUACUCGAUGCACGAGGAAGAUAGUGGCUGCACUUUCAUCUGCAAUUUGUGCGACCGAACCUUUCAACGGAAGCAUAAUCUUGAAAAGCACAGAUGUCGUUUUUCCGAUCGUCGUCCCCAACAAGAGCAGUCGUCUGCAGUAGAUCGAAUAGAGGACGGUAUCGAGGAGGCCGAACUGCAGCAAUGUACAUGUUGUCACUUCCAAACGACAUCGAGCUCUGAUUUGGACUCCCAUCAACGCACACAUCGGUCUAACAUGGCAGCACCGGAUGCGAAGCAGGACGUGAUCUACUGUAUGCUUUGCGAUCGUCGAUUUAGCUCUACCUCCGGUUUGAAGUAUCAUCUAAAGCGACACACGGGCAAUAAGGCGUUUGCGUGUUUGUACUGUGAGAAAAGGUUUACAGCCAACUCGAACCUGAACGCCCACAUUCGAAAUGUGCAUAGCAAGAGAAAAAAUUUCCGUUGUACCGAGUGCAACGAAUCGUUCGCCACUAAAGAUCAUCUUAACAAGCAUCAACGAUCUCGGCAUCGCCAAGAGCGUGCUUUCGUUUGUGGCGAGUGUGGUAAGAGCUACUUGCAGCGGUCGCAUCUAAACGAGCAUGUAGCAGCGUGCCACCGGGAAGAUAGGUACUUGUGCAACGUAUGCAACGGAUCAUAUGUUAGUAAAAGCUCAUUGAAACGGCAUCAGCACAAGAAGCAUCACAUCGCGCAGGAAGAAAACACAUAAAUACAUAUUAAAAAGACUUUACCAAAGUAUCGAUUAUUUCGU